AUGUCCGAACAGGCAAAACCCAGCGAGCUGCUGUCGCUGACCGCCAAUAUCGUGGCAGCGCACGUGCAGAACAACUCGGUGGCGGUCGCCGACCUGCCCACACUGAUCCGCGAUGUGUACACGACGCUGUCGAACGUCGGCGGGCAGGCGGAGAAGGAGGCGGAAAAGCCCGUGCCGGCGGUUCCGAUCAAGAAGUCGGUCCAUCCCGACUACAUCGUCUGCCUGGAAGACGGGAAGAAGCUGAAGAUGCUCAAGCGGCAUCUCAAGACGGCCUACGAUAUGACGCCGGAAGAGUACCGCGAGAAGUGGGGCUUGGCGCCGGACUAUCCCAUGGUCGCCCCGAACUACGCCAAGCAGCGCAGCAAGCUGGCCAAGGAAAUCGGCCUGGGCACGCGCGCACGCCGCGGCUGA